AGACUGGUCUGGCAACUCUAUUCGUGUUUGUAGUUUCGCAUUUAUUUUUUACUCACUGAAUUUUGCAUUUAUUACCCUAUAAAUAUGUCCCGCAAGGAGGCUCUUUCUCAAUUCAUCAAUCAGAUACACGGACGUCCCGUUGCCGUGAAACUGAAUAAUGGCGUGGACUACCGAGGUGUUUUGGCUUGCUUGGACGGAUACAUGAAUAUCUGCCUGGAACAGACGGAGGAGUACGUCAACGGGCAGUUGAAGAACAAAUACGGAGAUGCCUUCAUCCGCGGCAACAAUGUCCUCUACAUUUCCACGCAAAAACGGAGAGUCUAACACAUCAAUAGCACCUAAGUUACUUUCCUAAAUACAACUUUUUAGAAACAA